AUGGCCAUCUGCCGGGCGGCAGCUGCAUGCAAGAAUCAGACGCUCUACCAACGAGUGGCGGAGCUUUCAGGGAAGCCGACGGACAAGUUUGUGCUCCCUGUGCCUGCCUUCAAUGUCAUUAAUGGCGGGAGCCACGCGGGCAACGGGUUGCCGGUGCAGGAGUUCAUGAUCCUUCCCGUGGGCGCCAGCAGCUUCAGAGAAGCCAUUCAGAUCGGAGCAGAGGUCUACCACAACCUUAAGAAGGUCAUCCAGGAGAAGUACGGCCAAGAUGCCACCAAUGUGGGCGACGAAGGUGGUUUUGCUCCUAACGUCCUCGAGAGCGACGAAGCCCUGCAGGUGCUGAUGACAGCAAUCGAAAAGUCUGGCCAUGCUGCAAAAGUCAAGCUUGGCACGGAUGUAGCAGCUUCAGAGUUCUACGAUGCAAAGGAGAAGAAGUAUGACCUCUACUGGAAGGACAAAGACAAGAAGGGGCAGAAGCUCAUGUCUACCGCAGAGCUGGCAGAGUACUUCAAGGGAUGGACCGAGAAGUAUCCAAUGGUCUCCAUAGAAGAUCCCUUCGACCAGGACGACUGGGACGGCUACAAGCCAUUCACUGCGGCGAUCGGAGACAAGGUCCAAGUCGUGGGCGAUGAUCUGCUGGUCACCAACCCGAAGCGUAUUGGCAAGGCUGUGGAGGACGGCGAU